AUGGCCGAGAAUACAACGCCCGAGCCCAAAGUAUUUGACCGCGAAUAUUACGAUUUGCUCGGAGUUCGCACCGAUGUGAGCGAACUUGAUCUCAAAAAGGCAUAUCGCAAGGCGGCGAUCAAGUACCAUCCGGACAAGAACCCUUCGCCAGAUGCUGAGGAGAAGUUCAAGGAGAUUAGUACCGCCUAUCAGGUUCUUAGCGACUCGAACCUACGAGCCGUAUAUGAUAAACAGGGAAAGAACAAGGUUGAAGGUCCUGAAGGCGGGUUUGAGGAUGCAUCUGCAUUCUUUGCCAAUGUUUUUGGAGGUGAACGGUUCAACGACUGGAUAGGCGAAAUUUCAUUGCUCAAAGAAAUGACGAAUGCUGCUGAGGUUAUGAUGACGGACGAAGAGCGUGCUGUGGCCGAGGCCGAUCCCAACCGUCCCAAGUCUCCCAAUCCAGCUACUGUUAGUUCUGCUGCGGGGGCAGCCACUGUGCCUCCCGGUGUCGAUGCUGCAACUACACCCUCGCAGCUUAACAAUGCCGGUGCACCCCCUCCGAGCACGACGCCUGAGGCCGCACCGCAACCUGUACGAACUGAUUCGGGUAUGAUUAAGCAUGAAGGAAGUGGAUCUGCUACGCCCACUGGCACCGGAGCUGCUGGAGGAAAGGACAAGAAGGGAAAGAAUAAACUAUCUCCUGAGCAAAGGAAGAAACUCGAAGAAUUGGAUUUGCAAAGGAAGAAGGUCAUGGAGGAAAGGGUCAAGACCUUGACGGACAAGUUGAAAGAACGAAUUCGUCCAUUCAUGACUGCUAAGAACCCGGGGGACACUAACGAUCCGGAAGUCAAGGUAUGGCUUGCGAGGAUCAAGACGGAAGCAGAGGAUCUGAAACUUGAGAGUUUUGGUGUCGAACUUUUACAUACCAUCGGAAACGUGUACCUCAUGAAAGCCAACUCCGCCUUGAAAUCGCGCAAGAUGUUUGGGAUCCCCGGAUUUGUUUCUAGAUUAAAGGAGAAGGGCGCUGUUGCGAAAGAGGCCUGGGGGGUGCUUGGUAGCGCAAUCGGAGUUCAACACGUUAUGGAGGAUAUGGCCAGGUUGCAAGAAAAAGGAGAAGCUGCAGAGGCUGAACUCCGCGCCCUCGAGAUGGACCUGACUGGUAAAAUUCUCCUUGCAUCGUGGAGAGGGACUCGGUGGGAGGUCAGCCAGGUUCUACGUGAAGUCUGUGACAAGGUACUUGAGGAGCAAGGCGCCCCUAAGGAACAGCUAUUCUUGCGCGCCCGAGCCUUAUUCCUGAUUGGAGAAUUGCUGAAGGAGGUCAAACCUGAUGAAUCAGAUGAGGAGCGGCGUGAACUCGAACGGUUGGUUGCUGAAGCAAGCAGAAAGAAAGGUGCCCCGGCCAAGUCUCCAGCUUCGCCAACCGUUGGUACUCCCACUGCUGAAGGGCAAAAGAAAGGAUGGAAGUGGAGUAGUAAAUGA